AUGGCCUUUGCUCGUGUCUUCAAAAAUUCCAAAUGUAACAUAAUUGGCAUGAUCCAUGUGGAUGCGUUGCCAGGAACUCCCCUAUACAAAGGCAACUGGUCGGAGAUAAUCGAUAAAGCUAAAUAUGAAGCGAACAUUUAUCAAAAAUAUAAAAUGGAUUCAAUACUGAUAGAAAACAUGCAUGACAUUCCUUAUGUUCAACACCGGCAGUUUGGACCCGAAACUACAUCAUGUAUGACCAGAAUAUGUCAAGAAGUUCGUAAUAUUAUUUCGAAAGAAUCUCGAAGAAUACCACUCGGUGUUCAGGUAUUAGCCUGUGGGAAUAAACAGGCAUUAGCUAUUGCCAAAGCAUGUGAUUUGCAAUAUAUACGAGCAGAGGGUUUUGUAUUUGGUCAUGUUGCAGAUGAGGGUUAUACCGAUGCUUGUGCUGGGGAAAUUUUACGAUAUAGAAAAUACAUUGAUGCUGAAGAAGUAUUGAUCUUUACGGACCUUAAGAAAAAGCAUAGUUCACAUGCAAUUACACAAGAUGUGACACUAUUGGAAACAGCCAAAGCAGCAGAAUUCUUUUUAUCUGAUGGAAUUAUAAUAACCGGCAAUUCAACUGGAGAUGCGGCUAAGCCUAAAGAUUUCAAGGAUUUGAAAGGAAAAGUUAAUGUCCCACUACUGGUGGGUUCUGGAGUAACACUGGAUAAUAUCGAUGAUUAUUUUGAGUAUAUUAGUGCUGCCAUUAUAGGUUCACAUUUUAAAAAACAAGGACUAUGGUCAAAUGAUCUAUGUGAAAAAACAAUCGAAGCAUUUAUGUCUAAAGUUUUAGAAAUGAGAAAGUGAAU